AUGCCCAACCCUCACUACGACUUCCUGAUCAAGCUUUUGCUGAUCGGCGACUCAGGCGUCGGCAAGUCGUGCUUGUUGCUACGAUUUUGCGACGAUGCCUGGACUCCGUCGUUCAUCACCACCAUCGGCAUCGACUUCAAGAUCCGCACCAUUGAACUCGACGGCAAACGCAUCAAGCUCCAGAUCUGGGAUACCGCGGGUCAGGAGCGAUUCCGCACCAUCACCACCGCCUACUACCGUGGAGCCAUGGGCAUCUUGCUCGUAUUUGACGUGACCGACCAGAAAUCGUUCGAGAACGUGCGAACGUGGCACGCCAACAUCGAGCAGCACGCAAGCGAAGGCGUCUCCAAGAUCCUCAUCGGCAACAAGUCGGAUUGGGAGGAGAAGCGUGCCGUGACCACCGAGCAGGGCGAAGAGCUUGCCAGAGAGCUCGGCAUCCCGUACAUCGAAACAUCCGCCAAAUCCAACGCCAACGUCGAAGAGGCCUUCUUCAACUUGGCGCGAGAAGUCAAGACGCGCCUCAUCGACACGGCAGCCGUGACGCAAGCGUCGCCAGCAGCGGCAACAGGCAACGUCAAUGUCAACUCGGCGCCCAAGGCGGGUGCUACAGGCGGCUGCUGUAGUUGA